UUCUCAUCUGCUUUUGUGCUAAAAUGGAGGCUGGCCCUUUACCUUAAGUGGAUUGCCUUCCUGGUCGAGUUUAGAUGUUGACAUGCAAUAAAGCUGGAAUCAGGAUGGUUGUGGAUGCACCUAAUUCCAAUGGGCCUUUCCAGCCAGUGGCUCUAAUGCACUUCAGAGACUGUGCUCCGGCGGAGCAGGAGAAGCUGUUUGUGCAGAAGCUGCGCCAGUGCUGCGUGCUUUUUGACUUCCUGUCAGACCCACUAAGUGACCUGAAAUGGAAGGAAGUGAAGCGGGCGGCGCUGAGCGAGAUGGUGGAGUACAUCACGCACAACAGGAACGUCAUCACAGAGCCCAUCUACCCAGAGGUGGUGCACGUGUUUGCGGUGAACAUGUUCCGAACGUUGCCUCCGUCGUCCAACCCCACAGGAGCAGAGUUCGACCCCGAGGAGGACGAGCCUACGCUUGAGGCUGCAUGGCCACAUCUCCAGCUCGUCUACGAAUUUUUCCUUCGGUUUUUAGAAUCUCCUGACUUUCAACCGAACAUAGCAAAGAAGUACAUCGACCAGAAGUUUGUGAUGCAGCUUUUAGACCUGUUUGACAGUGAAGACCCACGGGAGAGGGACUUCCUCAAAACAACUCUCCACAGGAUAUAUGGGAAGUUCCUGGGACUACGGGCCUACAUCAGAAAACACAUCAAUAAUAUAUUUUAUAGGUUUAUCUAUGAGACUGAGCACCAUAAUGGAAUAGCAGAAUUACUGGAGAUACUUGGAAGUAUAAUCAAUGGGUUUGCCUUACCACUAAAAGAGGAGCACAAGAUAUUCCUUUUAAAGGUCCUGUUGCCUUUGCACAAAGUCAAAUCACUUAGUGUCUACCAUCCGCAGUUGGCAUACUGUGUGGUGCAGUUUCUAGAGAAGGACAGCACUCUCACUGAACCAGUGGUCAUGGCCCUUCUGAAAUACUGGCCCAAGACUCACUCCCCCAAAGAGGUGAUGUUCCUUAACGAGCUGGAAGAGAUUCUAGACGUCAUCGAGCCGUCCGAGUUUGUCAAGGUCAUGGAGCCACUGUUCAGGCAGCUGGCCAAGUGUGUGUCCAGCCCACACUUCCAGGUAGCAGAGAGGGCUCUGUACUACUGGAACAACGAGUACAUCAUGAGUCUGAUCAGCGACAACGCAGCCAAGAUCCUACCCAUCAUGUUCCCGGCGCUCUACCGCAACUCCAAGACCCACUGGAACAAGACCAUCCAUGGCCUCAUCUACAAUGCUCUCAAGCUCUUCAUGGAGAUGAACCAGAAGCUCUUUGAUGACUGCACACAGCAGUUCAGAGCAGAGAAAAACAAAGAGAAGGCCAAGUCAAAAGACCGGGAAGAGGCCUGGAUCAAGAUUGAGAACCUUGCCAAAUCCAACCCACAGGUGUGUGUGUGUUCUCUUAUCCGUGUUGAUUCCACUGGCCUCAACGGUCCAGUAGCAAUGGAGUUUGAUGGUCCAUUAACCUAUGAAGAAGUUCACAGGUUAAAAAAGACUGUAACGGAAGAAGUCGCUCAGUUACGAACGAGAGACCAGAGGAAAGACCGGCCUAUGGUGCGGCGUAAGUCUGAUCUCCCUCAGGACAUCUACACCGCAAAAGCCUUGGAGACCCAUCGCCGAGCCGACGUCAUGAUCACUACCCGCGAUGGGCUCUAGGUCUGCCCCUUUCUCUCUAGUGUCCAUUCCCAUCUUCUCUCUUUCCUCUAGUGUCCAGUCCCCUCUUCUCUCUUUCCUCUAGUGUCAAGUCCCCUCUUCUCUCGACCCUCAUCCACACAGCACAUUCAGAUUACUGGCCCAGUUUCCUCAUCGUCGCCAGUACACAACCCCCCCCCCCCCCCCCCUGGAUUUCUGCUUUCUCAGGUGUUUCUUUCUGGGAGGGGUGGGGCCGCAACUUUCUUUUUUAGUCUUGCCAACAAUUUUUUUUUGCUUAAUCGUGCAUAAAACAGUAUCGGCUCAUCCCUCCAGGUUCUUACUGUAUGAAUGAAAAUGGGGGAAGUUCCGUUCCACUAGUGACAUGACAAGCUCCUAUGUUCCCCCAUUGAGCGCAGUUGGUAGAAUGCACAACAAACGUAGAGAGCAGAAACAGAAUGGGGGAGGCUCCUCUCAUUUCCUCAUGUCAUUUUCUGUCAAGGGGAAACAAAACUAAGAACAGCCGUUGGGGGAUGACUGUUGGAUCGACUUUUCGGGACGUUUUGUUUCUUCUCUAGUUUAAUUUUUUUAAUUUUGUUUAAUCCCAGGGACAUUUGCCAGUGCCAAGACCGUUUGUGUUCUUUCUGUGUCCGUGUUUUUCUGUGUGAGAGAAACCAGGAUGACUAUCUAGGUAGACAGCCUGCGUCGUUUGCCUUUGUUUUUUGGAGCCUCAGAUGAUUCAAUUGUUGUUGUUUUUUUCAUUAAUAAGAUGAAGAGCAACAGGACUUUCUGAAGUGACUGAUCCAUCUGUUCUGAUGAAGUCACUUUAUGACUAGGAUGGAGGGAGGACGGGAGGUUCUCUGUGGACACUGGACUCUUUACACUCUACACUUUGUGCCAUGCACAUUCUUUCGUUGGAUUGAUUUCCCUUCUGUUGAAGUCCAUUGGCAAUAUGUGAGCCAGAUCACAAUGAAAUAUUGACAGUUCAAACAAUGGUACUUAUUUCAUACAGAGAAACACAUUGGGUGUUUGUUAGUCUGCACCCAGUUUGUCAUAUUCAAAAGCCCUUCUUAGACAUGUCAGUCUCCGUAAUUCAUACAUAAUGCAUGUCCCCAGUUCUUACUGCUAUUGGGAAGCUUCAUUUAACUCUCAAUGGCCAGCUAGGAAGUGUUUGGUUUGACACAGUCCAUCAAGACACCUGUAGCCACACACACUGUAAUGCUACAUUAUGCAGAACAUUCCAGAAACGUUCCAACUGAAAUGACAUUGACACUUUACCUGGGGGUGUCAGUUUGAGGAAGGCGAGGUGCAGAAUUACUCCUCUCGAUCACAUAAGUUGUUAUUUGGGAUGCAGGGUGAUGUUGUAGAACUGUGAUUCUGCGCAGCCAGACUAAUGAAGUCCUUCUCAAACGCACAUCUUGUCCUCAGAUGCAGGCUUUUCAGAAGCCCUGGAGCUGCUUACUAGUCAAGCAUCGUCCUCCAUUCGUUCCAGAGGUACCCAUGAUAUCCCAUGCCCUGAAGCCCCCCCCCCCCAGCGUUCUCACGUUUCCCCGUGUUGGUAUUUACCAGUCCCCUCCUACCCAGAUGUACCCAUGAUAUCCCAUGCCCUGAAGCCCCCCCCAGCGUUCUCACGUUUCCCCGUGUUGGUUUUUACCAGUGCCCUCCUACCCAGAGGUGCUUUGCUGUGGAGCUGAAAGGACUGUUACUCGUCUUGUGUGAAGUACUGAACAAAUGGGGAUCAGAGAGCCGUUUAUCAAAUGGAGGAAUAUUACAGGAUGAGAACAGCAACACUGUUUGGAUGACAACCAUUUCAUGUGACAGUUGAAUGAGCAUAGAAAGAGGUGAUUUCAAACCUGAAUCCCUCUUUGGAUGACAUCUGUAACCGUUAAGAAUAAGUCUAUUGAAAAAGCACUUCCUGAAACUUGAUAGAUGUGACAUGUUUGUGUAUCUUCAAUGAAGCGCUCUUCAGUGUCCCGUUUUGUCUAUAUGUACAGUCUGUUCUGCUUUCUCAAGGUCAGGAAGCUGUCCAAUUCCUGGACUGGACAAGGAAAGGACCCAUAAGUAAGCAUUUCAGUGUUAGUCCAUACCUGUUGUUUACGAAGCAUGUGACGAAUACAAUUUGAUUUGAUUGGGGCCCCAUUGUAAAUGUUAGUCUUUCUCUGGUACCAUUGUUUGAACUUGCAAAUCUAGCACGUGUAUCCAAUCUGUAAUGUCUUUUCUGUUUCUAGUCCCUGGCAACUGGUAGCCUGGAUGCUAGUUUUAGCAUUGUAGCUGCCAAUGGAAAAGGCCAAUGCUGAAAGACUGACAUCCAGGCUUGGCUUGGUAACUGCAUUAUUAAUAGUUAAAUGCAAAAAGGUGUUCAUUUAACUACCAUGUAUCUUUUGUCUUGGACGAAUGGCACUCGCCGAAACAAUUUGACCCCCCCCCCAAAAAAAAUAAUCUUUGCUUUUAUAUAACAGUAUCAUUUGGAAAGAUGUUUGAUCAGUUUUAUUUGUUGUUCAAACUGUUUUUUUGUGUGUUUUUUUAAAGACACAUAAAUUACUCGUAUGGCAAGUUAGACAACAAAUGUUUUGGAUUGUUUUCCGGAAUUCUUAGAUGGAACAUGUACUUUCCAGAAUAUAAUAACUUGACAAGUGUCCUUUUGUCUGUGAUCUGUACUAUGUGGCUUCAUUUAAUAUUGUACAUAUGAUUUACUUUGUUUUAUGUAGUGUUAUAUCUAGAUUAAUUUUGUACAAAAUUGUCCUCUGUACAGAAUAAAAAUCAAUAGCAAUGACAAAGUCAAUGUGGCACAUACAUUCUCUUUCCCCUGUAACUUUCUGCAUUAUUAGAAAUAACACGUCUAAUAUUUUCUUUUGUUCCCUCUUCCAAUUAUCUGUGAACAGAUUUCAGUCCGUAUCCUUUUGUGUGCUUUUAUCACAAUCUGAAGUGGUGUUCAUCUGUAAUAGAAUGAAUAAAGAUAAUAUUUGAAUUUUAUAUUUUCAACCAUA